UCCAUGAGUCUGGCCCCAGCCAGGCCCCAGCCCAGGUUCACCAGUUCCCCUCUUCUUGUGAAACUGGUCCAGGCAGCCCUUCUGGACACUGCAUGAUCACCGGAGCCGCCCUCUGGCCCAUCAUGACGGCCAUCUCUUCCCAGCUGGCCACGUGCACCCCCAGCCACUGGGUAAGGAUGAUACCCAGCCUGGCUUACUGCGCCUUCCUAUUGGCGGUCGGCCUGUCCCGGAUCUUCCUCUUAGCACAUUUCGCUCACCAGGUGUUGGGUGGCCUAAUAACUGGUGCUGUCCUGGGCUGGCUCAUGACCCCCCUGGUGCCCACGGAGCGGGAGCUAAGCUUCUACGGAUUGACCUCACUGGCCCUCUUGCUGGGUGCCAGCCUCAUCUAUUGGACCCUCUUUACACUGGGCCUGGAUCUUUCUUGGUCCAUCAGCCUGGCCUCCAAGUGGUGUGAGCGGCCUGAGUGGGUGCACGUGGAUAGCCGGCCUUUUGCCUCGCUGAGCCGCGACUUGGGGGCUGCCCUGGGUCUGGGCAUCGCCCUGCACUCUCCCUGCUAUGCCCGGGUACGGCGGGCAUACUUGGGACAUGGCCAGAAGAUAGCCUGCCUUGUGCUGGCCAUGGGGCUGCUGGGCCCCCUGGACUGGCUGGGCCACCCCGCUCAGAUCAGCCUUUUCUACAUCUUCAAUUUCCUCAAGUACACCCUGUGGCCAUGCCUGGUCCUGGCCCUCGUGCCCUGGGUGGUGUACACGUUCAGUGCCCAUGAAACACCACCCGUCCGCUCUUCCUGACUUCAAGUGCCUCCUGUUUCCAUUUGCAUCCCCCACCCCAAAAAGCCAACACUCCGUGAUCUCCACACUCCGGAAGGCAGCCCCAUUCCCUUUCCAGUUCCCAGCAGGCCCUGCUCAUCCUCAGUCUCCCACUGCUCUGUCAUCUGGUCUUAGCCCCAGAGAAGGGCCUUCUCUCCUCCCAGAAAGGCUGGUCGUCCUGCCUUCCCCCUCUGAACUCCCAGGGAGCUAAGGCAACAUCAAGACCAAUGGGCUCCUGUAACACUGUGAGGGGCUCAGAACAGCCCCAAUAAAGCCCUUGAACACUUAAAAAAAAAAAAAA